CUUUUUAUUGAACCAUAAGAAUAAUUAAAGAAAAAGGUGAGAUACCCACUUCAGAUAAUGAAAUGGUAACGUGUCUUUUUCCGUUAGGCGAUAUGAUCAAAUCUGAGCAAACAAAGUUGUCUUUAUAUCUAAUCUAAAGGAACGUUUUGUGAAAGAGAGCGAGAGUAAGGUGAACCCAUGGCGUCGAAGAUUGUCUCAGCCAUAGUCUUUGUAUUCAACCUUGUCGCCUUUGGUCUAGCCGUUGCUGCUGAACAAAGAAGAAGCACUGCAACGGUUGUGCAGGACACUGAGGUGCAAUACAACUAUUGUGUGUAUGAUUCUGACAGAGCCACAGGGUAUGGAAUUGGAGCCUUUUUCUUCUCAGUUGCUAGUCAACUCCUUAUCAUGCUCGUUAGCCGUUGCUUCUGUUGUGGGAAGCCUCUCAAGCCUGGUGGUUCACGCGGUCUUGCCCUUGUUCUCUUCAUUGUCAGCUGGAUGUUCUUCUUGAUAGCGGAGACAUGCCUAUUAGCUGGAUCAGUAGAGAAUGCAUACCACACAAAGUAUAGGACUAUGUUCAUGGACAAUCCUCCAGACUGUCAGACUCUUCGUAAGGGAGUAUUCGCUGCGGGUGCUUCUUUCGUCUUCUUCAACGCUAUUGUCUCUCAAUUUUAUUAUUUCUUUUACUCCUCUGCUGCUCAGGCCUCCCCCAUGCCUUACUAGAGGACUUCUAUUCCACAAAAUAUUGUUUUUAUUUCUUAUAUGCUAUGUGAUUAAUAUAUACUAUUGUCAUACUUUUGGGGUGUUAUCUUUCUAUUGUGUGACAGCAAAAUGAUAUGAAGCUGAGGGUAAAACUAUGAGUUUGUAGAUUGAUUUGUAUGGAUUAUUGCAUUGAAAUGUUUUUUUUAAAUUACCAAAUCGU